ACGUGCAGUGAUGUGAACAAUGGUCUGGAAUGAGUAUUUAUGUGUCUUUCGGUUUUGCCUCGUAAUAAGGAAGCAGUCAGUAAGGGUCAAGACCGGCAGCCCCUCGCCCAGGCAGCGAGCCCGCCCCGCGCAGAGCUUUCCGCCAAGGUGCCAGCCUCUGGGACAAAUGACAGCACAGAAAAACAAGCAGAGGUGAAGAAGAAUAAAAGAGAAAGGAAGGAAGAAAGGCAGAAGAAUAGGAAAAAAGAGAAGAAAGAACUGAAAUUAGAAAACCACCAAGAGAAUUCAAAGAAUCAGAAGCCAAAGAAGCGCAAGACAGGCCGGGAGGCCGAAGGGGAGGCCCUGGGCUCUGCAGGGAAGAAGAGCCAGACCAAGGCUGGUGAGGCCGAGGGGGCCGCUGACAGGGCUGAGGAUGGAGCUGGGGCCUGCGCGGGAGACGCCGAGGAGGAGCCCACGAAAGCCCGGCCUGGGAAGAGAAAGCAGAAGCACUUGGAAGAUGACGCAGAUUCUAAGAAGAAAAAGAGAAAGUUCUCAGAACCCCCUGAGGGCGGAGAACCAGAAAACUGUGAGGCUCCUACAAAAGGUAAAUUCAACUGGAAGGGAACGAUUAAAGCAGUUCUGAAACAGGCCCCAGACAAUGAGGUAGCCGUCAAAAAGCUAAGGAAAAAGGUUCUAGCUCAGUAUUACGCGGUGACGGAUGAACAGCACAAAUCUGAAGAGGAGCUCCUCACCAUCUUUAACAAGAAAAUCAGCAAGAACCCCAGCUUUAAGUUAUUAAAGGACAAAGUCAGGCUUUUGAAAUGAACAUUUUUAUAUUUAAAUCUGAAUCCGUUCUAUUGAUUUCUUUCACUGCUGUUUAUAAAACAUGUAAUGAAUUGUAACAACUCCCAGUUUUGCUUUCCAAAGCUGUAUUUUUAAGUUAAGGAAAAAGUCUAUUUUUGGUAGAACUUUUAUGAGAAAAUAUAUUCUUAUCCAUAAUUUUAAA